AUGUCACAACACAGUCAGCAGAGAAUUUGUAGUGGGGAAAACCCCUUUGCUUGUAAGGUAUGUGGAAAAGUCUUCAGCCACAAAUCAAAUCUCACUGAGCAUGAACAUUUUCAUAAUAGAGAGAAACCUUUUGAAUGUAAUGAAUGUGGAAAAGCCUUCAGCCAAAAGCAAUAUGUUAUUAAACAUCAGAACACCCAUACUGGAGAGAAGCUUUUUGAAUGUAAUGAAUGUGGAAAAUCGUUCAGCCAGAAGGAAAACCUUCUUACCCAUCAGAAAAUUCACACUGGUGAGAAACCUUUUGAGUGUAAAGAUUGUGGGAAAGCUUUCAUUCAGAAGUCAAACCUCAUCCGACACCAGAGAACUCACACAGGAGAGAAGCCCUUUGUAUGUAAGGAAUGUGGGAAAACCUUCAGUGGCAAAUCAAACCUUACUGAGCAUGAGAAAAUUCAUAUUGGUGAGAAACCCUUUAAAUGCAGUGAAUGUGGAACAGCUUUUGGGCAAAAGAAGUAUCUCAUAAAGCACCAAAACAUUCACACUGGAGAAAAACCUUAUGAAUGUAAUGAAUGUGGAAAAGCCUUCUCUCAACGAACAUCACUUAUUGUACAUGUGAGAAUUCAUUCAGGUGAUAAGCCUUAUGAAUGCAAUGUAUGUGGGAAAGCUUUCUCUCAAAGUUCAUCUCUUACUGUGCAUGCAAGAAGCCAUACAGGUGAGAAGCCCUAUGGAUGUAAUGAAUGUGGGAAAGCUUUCUCUCAAUUCUCAACCCUUGCUCUGCAUUUGAGAAUUCACACAGGAAAGAAACCUUAUCAAUGCAGUGAGUGUGGGAAAGCUUUCAGCCAAAAAUCACACCACAUUAGACACCAGAAAAUUCAUACUCAUUAA